AUGGUGACAUUCUCCAAGAGACGCAAAGGUCUUUUCAAGAAAACUUUACAACUCGAAUCCAUGACUGGUGCUCGUGUUGCUGCUAUUGUUUUCUCACCCACUGGAAAACCUUACACUUGCGGCGAUGUUAGUUCUGCCAUUGACAGGCACUUUUCUAGUUCUAUAGAUCCAUUAUCUGGUUCUGGUGAUGUUUGUAUAAGCGGCUCGAGAUCAACGACCUCGAGAAACGGUCUCCGGAAUUGGUUAGAAAAUAUCGACGUUGAAGAACUUUUGUUGUUGAAGGAGCAAUUGGAAGGAACAAGAGAGAAACUUGCUUGCAUGGAGGAUUCUGAGUCCUUUCUAGCUUUGUUUAUGUCAUAG